UUGUCAUUAUCUUUGUUAACUGAUACAGCAAUUAAUAAGGCUCUAUAUAUGCUUGAAGAGAAAUAUGAAAAACUAAAUGAUGGUGGAUCAAAGGCCACAUUUUUGAGUAAAAUUGAAGCACUAAUCAUUGAAGAAAUUGUGACACCAAAAGCACUGUUAUGCAUCAAAAAUAAAGGUCGGUCAGCUUUCCUUAAGCGAGAUCUUUUUCUUAGCGAAUGCCAAGAUAAAGAUGCUAAAAAAAAGAAAAAAGCUAUCCAAACUCAAAAUCAAUCAAGAUAA